CGCCCGCAAGCGGGGGAGCGGAUCGGACGGAGCCAUCAUGGCGGCGCCGAGGCUGGCCGGGCCGUGACGGGGGAGGUGGCGGCGGCUCAUUCGGCCCCGCGGCCCCUUCGGCGGGGCCGGCGCAGCGCAGCGGCAACCGAGCCGGCGGGGCAUGGCGGGGGCGGCUUGAGCUGGGCCGAGCCGCUCGCUGUGGGUGAGGGGCAGCCCUGGGUACCGCCGCCCCCACCUCGCCUCAGCGCAGGCCCCGGGCCCCGGAGGGGGGCGUUUAACGCGGCCCCGCCGCCUCUCGGCCGCCCCUGGGGCCUCUCGCCGCCCUCCCGGCACCGCCUUGCCCCUCCCGGGGUCUUGCGGGGCCGGACGGGGCUGUUCCCGAGCGGCUGCGAGGAAGGCGGGGAGGGGGGCACCCCUGUAGCCCCGUUUUUUUUGGGGGGGACACACCCCCGUAACUCUGUUUUUGGGGGAUUUGGUGCUGUUUUGGGGAGAUUUAAGCUCAGUUUGGGGUAGAAUCAAGGGGAUUAGUUGGGGGAUCCAGAAGAGGGGCGGCUGAGCUUGGUGCUCUGAGGAACCGGGAGGAGAAGAGCGUGAGUCAGCGGCGGGGAAGGCACGGGCUGGGCUUUAAAGGCUCAGCCCGGUUCAGUGCCCUCCUCUCGGCUCUUUUAUCAGGGUAUUUUCGUUUAUCCCGGCCUAGUUUGCCGAGGAGUCGCUCUCCUAAGGAAGCAAAGUGAGGCUUAAGGCGGCCCUGCCCGUUGCCUGGGCUUGCGUUAAUUCCUGCUGGUAAGGAAGGAAGGAAGGGGGAUUCGUUCUUCAGGAGUGGUAGCUUCGCAAAAAGAAAGGACUCGGAGAGUGCAGGGUGGGCUCCAGGCUUGCCUUCACCUCCUGCCUGUGUCUGUAAAUUAUUAAAUAGGGAAAAAAAGGAAAGUUUAAAGGGGAAAAAAUAAUUAUUGGGUGGCUUCUGGCAAGUCGAGAAGCUUUAAAAGUGACGGCCCAGGACCGGUGCUGGAAGUUCGGGUUCCCCGCUGCAAGAUCCGAGCGUGAGAUUCCCCGUUGAAGCUUUCCGGGGUGGUUUAUUUAAAAGUCCAGGAGGAAAAGGGGGUCGAAGCCUUGUGGAAAACGCUCCGGCUCGGCCGCUGCUGGAAUCGUGGCGCUAAGCAGGACCACAGGAGCUCGCUGAGGGUUGUGGCACUGAGCGGAGCCGCCAGCUCGUCGCGAGGGUGAUGGCCGCCUUCAAGCGGAGCCGCGCGCAAGCCUGGCCGGAGGAGCGGGACGACCGCAAGCACGGGCUGUACAGCCUGCACCGCAUGUUCGACAUCGUGGGCACCCACCUCACCCACCGGGACGUGCGCGUCCUCUCCUUCCUCUUCGUGGACGUCAUCGACGACUACGAGCGCGGGAUGAUCCGCAGCGGCCGGGACUUCCUGCUGGCGCUGGAGCGGCAGGGCCGCUGUGACGAGACCAACUUCCGCCAAGUCCUGCAGCUGCUGCGCAUCAUCACGCGCCACGACUUGCUGCCGUAUGUCACCCUCAAGAGGCGCCGCGCUGUGUGUCCGGAUUUGGUGGACAAGUACCUGGAGGAGACGUCCAUCCGCUACGUGACGCCCCGGGCGCACAGCGAAGCGGAGCAUGGCCUCGGCCACCCCCAUAAAUCAGUGCCUCCCCACCACCCCGUCGUCUGCUGCUCUGCCGCCGGCCCCCAGAUCUGCGCCAAGCGGCCUGGCCGCGGUCGCGUGCCCCUCAGCACCCAGCGCAAGCGGCGGAAGUCAGCAACGCCAGAUCCGAAGGAGAAGCAAACGUGUGACAUCCGGCUGCGUGUGCGAGCCGAGUACUGCCAGCACGAGACGGCGCUGGAGGGCAACGUCUUCUCCAACAAGCAGGACCCCUUGGAGCGUCAGUUCGAGUGCUUCAACCAGGCCAACACCAUCCUGAAAUCCCGGGACCUGGGCUCCAUCAUCUGUGACAUAAAGUUCUCAGAGCUCACCUACCUCGACGCCUUCUGGCGCGACUACAUCAACGGCUCCUUGCUCGAGGCCCUCAAGGGCGUCUUCAUCACGGACUCGCUCAAACAGGCCGUGGGCCACGAAGCCAUCAAACUGCUGGUCAAUGUGGACGAGGAGGACUACGAGGUGGGGCGACAGAAACUCCUGAGGAACUUGAUGCUGCAGACGGCUCCCUGAUGCCCGCGCUCGC